GUGCAUCUUACCCUUGUUGCCGGUGACGCUGACAUCAGCAAGGAGAGUACUGAGGUUCUCGCGCCGCCGUACAGACACGAGGAAGAGCAUGUUAGGGAAAUAAAACGGAUAGGAUCAGGGGGAAAUCAGGGAGUACUAGAGCUAGAGCAUGCCCCAAAUAUUGGAGUAGAACAGGCUAUUACAGGGAAUGGCCUGAUAGAGCACGGACCAGAGAGAGAAGCUGGGCGCGAGGCGUUUAAGUGGCAGGUAAGAUGGGGAGGAAGGGAGGGAUGGGUACAGCAAGGGCUGCGGUGGAGAGAAAAUAGGCAGGUGGAGGUGCUGGUAGAGGAGAAGAAAUUACAGAAAGGAGGAGGAGGAGAACGAGGAGAGGGAGAAAGUAAGAAAGGAAAGAAAGGAUUCGGAGGAGGGCAGAAGGAAGCGCGGAGACGAGGAAGGAAGAGACACAUAAUGCAACGUAGUUUGAGACUGGACACAGGGAGCCAUGCAGAGAGCCCUGCUCGGCGCUUGCUGUAUGAGCCUGAUGGUGCCUUGAGGUCACAGCACCACCGGUUGUUCAACUCGUGCUGGAGUGUGCAUGAAAGGCGCUACUACCAACCCCCAUCGUCUGCCAACACGCCAAUGACAGAGGAGCUGGCAGGGCGGCUGAAGGCGUAUGCAGAGAGGCAGGCGCGGUGCAUCAACGGUGUGAAGGACUGGCCUGCUUUCCUCUCCAAUCCCACGAAAGGGCUGAAAGACGGAGUGAAUGCAUCCUCCGUGCAGGAAUGCUCUUAUCUCUAUCAUCUCGACCCCGCCUACAGUGGUCUGGGCAACCAGCUGCUCUCCCUCGUCUCCUCAUUCACCUAUGCCCUCCUCACCAAUCGCACGCUCAUCAUUAAUCCGCACGCACAGGCAGCUCUCUUCCUCUGCGAUCCCUUCGCCCUCACCCCCACCCCCUCCACGUGGAUGCCCAUGGACUCGCCCACUUUCGCAGCUCAGCGCAAUGUAAUUACAAAGCAGUCUCCGAGCAGCAGCAGCAGCAGCAGCAGCAGCAGCAGCGCGGGGAGGGUCAACGUGGUCUACGUUGAGCUCAAAUUCACUGCAUCAGAGGCAGACCUAUCUUUCUUCUGUCCGCACCACCAGCAGUACCAACACGGCUCCCUCUCCUCCGUUCGAGUCCUCGGUCUGCUAACCGACGCUUACCUUCUCCCUGCUCUCUACCACACACCGCACUUACAAGCUGACCUGGAGCGCCUAUUCCCCGACCGCCUGCCUUUGAUGCACGUGGGGCGCUACCUGCUGCACCCCGCCAACUACCUCUGGGAGGAAAUCACCCGCGCCUUCCGAGCCUACCUCGCCCCGCACCAACACAGGGUCGGCAUCCAGAUCCGUGAGUUCCAGAAGUACGUACCAGCUGAUGAUGUGCUGCAGCGGGUGGUGGAUUGCAUGGUCAACGUGACUAAAGUGGUGGCCCCCAUUAUGGCACACGAGGACUGGGAGAAGCUGACGAAGCAGGUACCUCCCAGCAACACCUCCCUCCCGAGCCAAGUACUGGGAGAGCAGGAGCUGCUUCAGGGGCAAGGCCAGCAGCAAGGGGAGAAGAACGAGAUUGAAAACGGGGAGCAUGUGAAAGCAGACGAUGCCGUCAAGAAGACAGGCGAGAAGGGAGACGAGAAGAAAUUAGAAGAGACGAAGAUGUUGGGAAGCAAGGACGGGAAUGGUGAAGAGGCGGAGGUGGAGAGAUUAGCUGGUGGGGAGGGGAGGAGGAAAGGGGGGAGUGUGGGAGUGUUUGUGGCGUCACUGCGGGCAGCGUAUGGGGAGAUGUUGAGGGAGAUGAGCACAGAGGGGCGGCCAGAGGGCGGGCAGGAGAUUGCUGUCAGCAUGCUGAGCCACGAGGGAGCACAACAGCUGCGGGAGAAGAAGCAGGCAGAGAGGGCUUUGAGGGAGAUGUGGCUGCUCUCCAUGUGUGACACGCUACUAAUCACAGACACAUCCACAUUCGGCUACAUAGCAGCAGGGCUGGCGGGCGUUCGACCCUACUCUCUCAACAUCGUUACCUGCUACCACAGCAACUGGCGCAAGAAGAACCGAGCCUCCUGCUCCCGAACCUCCCCCGAGCCUUGCUACCUCUCGAUAUUUGAUGCCAAGUCAAGACAUAUUCAG